AGGUCCUCAAUUCAUUUUCUUUUUCACCUGUCCUUUUCACUCUCAUUUUUUCCCAUGACUUUUUGGAGUCAUCUUUCUGAAUUCCCUCCUACAAUUGAUUUUUGAGCUUGAUUCCCAGUUGUAGAAGUAUUCAUCAUCAUUGCCAUUGGUUCGCCUGAAAUUCCGUCGAUGAAGUGUUUGCUUCUUUUCCUUUGAAGUACCGUCCGAAUAAAGCCGUUUUAUUUAACUACUUGUUUGAUUUUUCGCAGACCUAGAGGUAAAAGAGGGUAGAACGAUAGCACUAGGUGCACCAUCUUCAAGAGGAUGAAGGGGCCGGAGCAGGAUAGUGGACAAGCGGCUGCGGACGAGGAGCGGCGAUGGAAGGAGCAUCUCUCGAAGCAGAAUCGCGACUACGACACUUAUGAUCGUAUGUGCAGUGAUCGAAUCGCGGACGUAUCGGGAACCCGGACUAGCCGUACGGCGCCCUUGGUACAACCACCGGGUUGCGGUGGGUUUGUGUCCAUCGGCAAGGAUGGUGAGCGCAAGAAGAACAAAGACGGCAAGGAAAAGAAGAAAAAGAAGGAAGCAAGGGAGAAGGAUGCAGCAGACAGAGUUCCAGCAACGAAAAUCACCACAUUUACUCAACAAGCUUCUUCCACAUCGAAUGUUGACGCUCUUCUCGCUUCCUCUGUAGAUAGCAUAACCUCUACCGCCGGAGACAUCAAUAGUACGAACAAGAGCACUUCUGCCAUGAAUCCCGUUGACAAGAAAGCGACAUCACCGGAGCUUGACGAGGACACGGAAGCCCUGCAUGAAGAAUGGCGUACAGAACUGGAGUGGCGAACAUUUCUGAACCAGGUCCGACAGAUGAUACGUUUGUGGAGUAGCGAACACCCAAGCAAGAGCGGGAAACAACAAGUACGCAUGCCCUGCAACAAGUUUGACCAAAUGUAUAUGCGCAUUUCCGGUAGCGGGACGAAAAUCAAAUUCCCUUUUUGCGGCGCCCAGAACAUGUACACGGUACACGAGUGGCUAGCGGGGGAGAAAGGUACUACUAGGAGAAGUUUCAUGCGGGAGGGGGAAGCUACGGAAGAAGAAGAACACUAUGUAUUUUUCUCUAAUUUUUGAGGAACUUCUACUGUAUUAUCUACCUGCAACGUUUAAUUUUCCGACAACGCGCCACCGGCCGCUUUCAUCAUCACAUCACAGGUUUCUGCGAAUACAAAAACAACUGGGAGUGGAUCGCGCUGCCCAGUGAUGACAGUGCUUGGAAGCAGCGGCUGGAGGAGGAUCCCUUGUUUUUUGUCGUUUCUGAGGGUGAGCGCUUCGAUGCGGAGAUUUUGGAAGUGACCACGGAAAAGGCGGAAAUUCUAAAGGAGAAAGCAAAAGAAAUGAAGAAAGUAACGCUCGCGAAGGAGAAGCUACAAAAUACGAAGACUGCCUACUCACUGCAGCGAGGAGAACAGAACAGGUUCUUCAAAAAAAUGAUCGAUUUUCUUUUUCUUGGGUGUGUCCCUGUUUUUCUUUAUUAUCUGCGCUCGUUGGUUACGGUCCUCUUGCCAUACCUCCUAUUGCUAUGUAUAAAUAUAUUUCAUUGGUUCGACGUCAUUCAUUCAUUUUAUUUGGCGAGGUCAUCCAAGAAUGGACUGAGCGAAGCCUCGUCUCCGUCUGGGGUGACGAGGCUCGAUUCUACAGACAGCAACUUCUAUCAAGUGACUGACGUGCGUGGUACCUGGGGUCUAAUCCGUUCCCCUUUCGUGUUUUUUUUGAUAAUUAAUGUUUAGCGAUCAGCUACGGGUACAGCUUGUUUCGACUUUGAUUUCUUCAUCAUGCAGGUGCCAGGUGCAGCGUGCCGAGGAGCACUUAGCGCAGGUGAUGCGUGUUGUGGAGGAGAACAAUGCGAAGGUCCAGAAACUGGAGAGUAAGCAAAAGAUGGUAGAGGAGAAAAAGCGACAUAUCCUUCGUUUUCGAACGCCGGCUGAAAUCAAAGUAGAGCAAGAGCGUCGGGAACUUGAAAAGUAUGCCGAUGCAAAGCGACAGCAAGAGCUUUCAAAAGCCAUGCAAGCUUUGAGCGCAGUAGCUGCUGGGGGUUCCAGCGAGCAUUCUGCUGCGUCAAAGAUUCAAGAUCUGCUGAACGCGGGAGGAGGUGAAAAGAGGGCGUCGCCGCCCGUUUCUCCAACUUUACCGGAUGAUUUCUGCGAAUCACCUAUGGAAUUUAUGAUUUGAAUCUUAAUCGUUCACUUCACUACCAACAGCUAGGAGAAUCAGAAAGAGCAAGCAGUUUUAAUGACGGUAAAUCUAAAUUCGUCUGUGAAAAAGGAUCAAAAUCAUGCUCUGCUUUACGAGGUGAUAAUUUGCUGUGAGCCCGACUCAACAACUAGUCCUCGACAAGGAGAAGGACCUCAAUAGGUAUUGGGUUGAUCUUCCUGCUAUGUCAUUUUCUCUGUACAACUACCUUCACAGCACUAACUCCGUCUUCAAUUCUUCUAAUUUUUGUGGCUCUUCGGACUGCAGAAAGCAGGGUGGUUUGAAUUCCUCGACAGCUACGGCUUCUACUACUUCGCCAGAGCACGGUGCCGGGAGUCGCACGAAUGCAAGCGGAUCGAAAACGCGAGGGGAGCAAUUCGAGCCCCCGAUACGCGGCACGCCUACUCGAGAUGCGACAGGAGAAGAGCAUAGAGCAGCGAUCAUCGCAGAGGAGGAGGAUUUCAUGUAAUUGAAGGUUAUCAAGUACAUUUGUCAACACGCGGACGUCGGUAACCAACAUGCGAGUGCAGCAAGGAUGCGAGCAUGCUGGUUCCGAUGAAGAUCGAUCUUUCUAGUGGAGGACUCGACACAUGAUUGAUAGUGUCUUAUUUUCACAACACCUGAACAACAACUACAUCUUCAAGUUCACCGACUACAUCAAUAUGUAGUCGUACGAUGAGAUGAUAACAUCUUCUUGAACAACAUCAACAGAGAAGGACUUGGACAUCCUACCACGUCAACUUCCUCGUGAUGAUUACACUCGGACAAACUGGAACUACGGCGAAAGGUGGAGCCGUAGAUGACACCAGGUAACCGUACUACAAGAGAAAACGACAACUCAGUAAAGACAGUAGAACUUCUUCUUUUCGGGAUGAAGAACCGGUGACUCUGACGAUGAGCCCCAAAAACCGGCGAAUGCUGUUUGUUCGGAGAACGGCGCGACCUUCGCAUUUUUCAGCAGCGCGGUUGUUACGUUGCAUUUGACAGCGGUAACGUCAGAGUAUAACAGGCACACGGGAAUGAUGAUAAUCGUAUCAUCUCUCCUGGUCAUCGUAUUGGGACGACUUGCUACGUACUAACAAACUUGCUUAGAAGUCGAUUCUCUGAGUGCUCGAUCUCGGAGCAGUCGCCGAUACUACAUGAGAACCAAUGUGGUCUUCUUGACCAUAUGAGUAGAUGUCGAGGCGGUAUCACUGAGUCGGGCCUUGCUAUUGACAUUACUGAAUGAGAAGCAACUCGGGUUUGUGACCGAUGGGCUGUUUUCGCUAGCAGUUGCUAGUUCUGUUCUGUCAUCUAUUGGCAGAAAGUAGCCGCGUCAUUCCAGGGCAUCUUCAAACUAAGAAAAGUUUGAAGUGGGCUGAUUGUUGUAGACUCUUUUGUCCGAUUCUUACCAAAAAAGCUAAUGCAAAUGUUGUAAGUCUUGAUAGACGGAGCUAUUAUAUCUCUCUGAGCUCGACCUUCAUCUUCUUGAAGUAAGUUAGUAGUAGAAUAGAGGAGCUAUGGAUCCAUGAUAUUCCGGAGUACAACUGCCAUUUAUAUCUAGGUAUAAUCCGUCUGUCUGACGUUGAGCUUGAGUGGUACUAUUGGAGUCAAUGUUGAAUAUUAGGAAACAGAUUACUAGUGCCACGGGUGCUAUGAACAGCACUAUCACGGGCAUACACAUGACAUCCAUACUAAGUAGAUCCAAUAAGUCAUAGAAUCAGAUGAGGGUACCCAUACUUGUAAUUGUAUUGCCUUCAUCUUCAGGGACGGUGAAUUCGAAUUGGCAUUGCGAAUAGACUGCAGAGCAGAUUUUCACCGACUGGACCGACUGACCUAUUUGACCGUAAACGUGGCCACUCUACCUAAAAAGUAGAUGGUAGAUAGAUGGGCAACAACUAAGAGAAAGUUAUUCAGAGGAUGUCGUCAUUUGAUACCUAGAUUUUUCCGAUCAACUCCCUCCUAAUGAGCAUUCUUGUGGUUUGUCUUUGUUCGUUUAAUAUCCUGGAUUUGAUUGAUUGAGUGUGUUAGAAGUAAAAGGGGCGGCGAAACAAGUAUUUCAAGUCUGGAUGUAAUCGGAGACUAUCACUAGUUGGCUUCGAUGCCGGUAUUUGAUAUUCUGUUCCGCGCUCUCAACCCCACGACAUUUGGUGGACGAAUCGGUGGAUGUUGAUUUUUGCGUGAAUUUAUUACCUCACAAGAAUCACGAAUGGUUCGCCGAGUAUUCGGAUGAAAUUAACUAUACAGGUAAUAGAAGAUGAAUGCUCCCGUACAUCCAAAUGGCAUGUCGAUAAGCCUCUAUUCUCGUUAAAAGUGCCAAACUCCUACAACGGUCUUACAUUAUUGUCUUUUAUUUCGCGAUCGCGUUUUCUCCGUCACUGCUCUUGAAGUUAUUCCCGCAU